AUGUCUUUCACGGAGACAGUUCGUCUGAAAUUAUACUGGAAUACUACUUAUACAACUGAACCUGAUGGGACUAUCACGGUACAGCGGGAUGCGCCGGACGGUUAUCUUAUCAUUGAUCGUAUGUUAGAUUUCUCGGAACUUGUUGAUAAGGUAUGUGGUGUGAUGGAAGUUGAUAGAGAAGGGCUGUAUAUUGAUUUUUCUUUGGUAUGGACGGAGAGGUCAGAAAAAAGGUCUCGUGUGCACAUUAAUGAUGAUAAUACUGUUCGGUUCAUUUAUCUUUGUGUUGAUAAAUGGCCAGAAUUGUAUCCUGAAAAUGUUGAGAGAACAGGCCAUGUUUAUGCAAGUACAUCUGGCCAGGAUAUUGGUGCCAGCACUAGUGGUGGUAGAACAGUUGAAGAUAAUGAAGAUGGAGAUGAAGAUGGAGAUGAAGAUGAAGAUAAAGAUGAAGAUGCAGAUGAAGAUGAAGAUGAAGAUGGCGGGGGUGUCAAAAGCAGUGAUGAUGAGUACGUCCCAUCGGAUGAGGACUCAGAUGACGACACUGAUUUUGAGUCAUCUUCUUCAGUCCCAUAUGUUUUCGACGACAUAAGUGGAUGGGACAAGACUUUAGAGGAAGUAGAUUGUGAUGGGAUUAAAAUGUGGGAUGGCAAUCCGUUGACGCUAGGCCUUGAUAUACAUUUCGCCAACAAGCCUGAGGCACAAGCGGCAGUGGGAGAAUGGAACUUGGUACAUGGUCAGAUUUUCCGGGUGAAAACGAGCUCUAAACGAACAUGGUAUGUCGAAUGCGAGACGUGUGGACCCAAAUAUCCGAAAGAGCGUCUUCACGGCUAUGAUUGUCUAUGGAAGGCGCGAGUUUCGGUACAGAAGGCCACCGAUACUUGGAAAAUGGUGGUAUGGUCCGAUUCCCACAACUGUCUUGGGGCAAACAAGAUAAACGAGUCCCGAAACGUCACGUCUUCUAUGAUUGCUAGACUGGUUGCCCAAAAUGUGCGAAAACAUCCAGAUUUUGCAGUUGCCCAAAUUCAAAUAGAAGUUUUGGAGAAGUACCAAGUCGAAUGUAGCUACAAGAAGGCAUGGCAUGGUAGAAGAAAAGCACUUGAGGCUCUGUAUGGUACAUGGAAAGCUGAGGAGAAGCAAGUUGUGUUGUAUGCAAAUCGAGAGUGCACUUGUGGAAGGUGGCAGACUUUCAGAUUUCCUUGUUCCCAUGCACUUCGAGUUGCCCGUGAGCUAGGUGACGAUCCCUUCCCACUUUUUGAUCCAUGUUACACUACGCAUCAAUGGUACCAGCAGUUUUCUGGAGAAUUCAACCCAAUCAUGGAACCAUGGCCAAAGGCAAAGUGGCAGAUCAGGCCAGAUGACACUAAACUUGUCCACCAUGCUGGCCGAAGUCAGAAGCGUGUGAAUCGGAAAAAAGGUGUGAUGGAUUAUACAAGCAAAUCUGGCCAGCGAAGACUCCAAACUUGCAGUUUAUGUAAGCUACAAGGCCAUAAUGCCAGAGCUUGCCCAUAUGCGAGAGUUUGCGCACGAUGUGGAAGUUUAGAUCAUGAUGCUGUGGAAUGCCCUUCUUCUCAUCCACCUGCUGACAGGACCGCUAUUGAUAAACUGUACGAUCCAUAUGGAAUUCGUGCCUAUUUGGAGAGGAUGUUUGGAUUUAGGUUCCAGACAGAGGAGUCUAGAUUGACGAGCGUUUCCAUCACUGAAAUAAAGACUCACAUAGAGAAUAAUCCUUUGACGGACCUGUUCCCUGACGAUGCACACCUACAGCGAGCCCGUUGUUUUGUUGGAUGGCUCGUUGGCGGAUUACUGUUCUCAAACACUACGAGAAACAGUUUUCCUCUCGAUCUUGUGCAUUUUCUUCAUACUCCCGAGAUUUGCUCGGAGUACAAUUGGGGUAGUGCGGCAUUAUGUUACUUGUACCGCAGCAUGUCCAAGUCAUCUCUGGCCACUUCUGCCAAGGUUAUUACCGGCUGUGUGAUUCUUCUUCAGCUCUGGGCCUGGGAGCGGAUUUUGACGGUUCAGCCCAAGAUACUGGGUGGGGAUCUCGAUCCAUCUGAUUGUCCAUUGGGCACGAGGUGGUCCCGUGAGAAAAAAGUUCAAGGUAUCACGCGGUUCAAUUUGGCCGCGUACCUUGGAUCAGCUUGCAGUUCUCGCAGAUUUGUAUGGAUGCCGUACACGACUUUUUUGGGUCGUAUUGCCAGGGUUUGUCUUGUGGGACAGGGCAUAUGGCUAUCUCAGACAUGGCUCAUCUGCGGUGAUGUAGUUGCGCCACACAACCCUAGUAGGGUAUUUCGCCAAUUUGGUUAUCACCAGGGGAUACCCGGCGACGCAUUACUUCUCACUGCGGCGGAAAUUACUAGCCUGGUCAAGAGGAAGCCGUUUGGAGGAUCCGAUAGGAGAUGGUUACAACAACUAGGGAUAUAUCUCCAGGUUUGGAAUGAUCGCCACGCCCAACUUGUGGGGACUGAUGAUGAUUAUGUUGGCGAGCCUUCCGCAGAUCCGGAGUAUCUCUUGUGGUACCAUCAGGUUACUGUGAAGUAUGUUACGGAUCCGACGGACUCUGAAAAUGCGAGGGGUUUUCACGGUUCUGCAGAGACCUUGCGCCUCAUGAGUUCGCUAGAUGGCCAGUCGAUACAUUACACGAGUAACUUUCUUUCGAGUAUGUUCGAGGGUGUUGCGGGUCAGCAUCAGGCUGAUGACCCAGCUAAGGGUGAGCGUGAGAGUCAGGGUGAAGAUGAGGCUGAGGAUGAGGCUGAGGAUGAGGCUGAGGAUGCGGACUGGAUGAUCGGUUUGAGGUCGGGGUUAUCAGCGCCAUGA